UUACUCCACCCUCCUGUAACCUCGGCGCUGUGCUUGGUCAGUGUGUCGUGUGUUUAUGUAGCUUCAGACUUUGAGCAGUAAGGUCCCUCAGAGAGAUCAUCAGACCAACAUGUUGAUGAGUCAAAGUGGGUCUGUAAGGGAAAGUGAAGCUGCCAAAUCACCAUGACAACCGAACGAGCCAUUUGGAUGUUGAGACUGAUUAUAGCUUAAGCUCCUUCACAGCAGGGUGUCUGAGGGCAAAGAAAAAUAUGAUUUGAUCUGAAAUAUGCCACUGUAACUGGAGGUUUGGAUUUAAUCUGACAUGUAAUCCUCUUUUUCAUGAGAUUUGGCACAGUUCCGGUUUAGUCUGGGUUUGUCUCUGGGGUCAGGGUGAAAAAUGUGCUUGGUAACGAAUGUCUGUGCUGGUUGAAGUUUUGCUGUGAAGUCAGAGAGGUUGUUCAGGAAGAAGGACGACAUGCACACGAGCUGAAGGACUAUUUUUAUCAGUGACGCUGUAACACGAAGCACCAAGUCCACCUCAGGGUGUAUAAAUAUCAGUGACAGUGUCUGUUUACAUUUUGAGGUGAUGGACUGGGUUUUACAUGCCGGAAGGCAAAGUGUCCAACAACCUGACCUCUGACUGGCCAUGGAGUACAUGAACAACGCCUCGAACAGCUACAGCUGUGGAGACGCGGUUAGCGCCUCCUUAGCUAACAUGACCAUAAACGAGCAGCAUCACCAGGAGAACGGCGUCCAGAUGGGACACCGAGGCGCCGGAGAUGCCAAGAUGAAAGAAGACGACGGCGCUCUGAGUGAGAAUGGGUUGAAACCUGGUUCUGAACCAGAGAGCAGCCAUGAUGGCGAGGAGCAGCCUGCAGAAACUCCAGAGACACUCGGAGCUGAAGUGUCUGAGCUCUCAGAGAAAGAGGGCGCCUUGAGCGAAGACAAGGGGCAAGUUGCAGCAGGAGGAGCUUCUUCAACAGCUCAAGCAAAGACAAACUCUGGAGAUAAGACUCAGUCAGCCACCAAAUCAGCCCGCUCCCCCAAUCCACCGCCUCUUAUCACCAGGAGCAACAAAGCUCCCGCUUCCUCCCGGAACGGCCACAGCUCCAUCCCCAUAAAAACCAGCAGCCCGGCGCCGAGGCGGCCCGGAGGUGCCGCAAAGCCUGCAGGAGCCAAGACCUCUGGCACAUCAGCAGCUCAGCCAGCUAGUGCCGGGAAACCCCCCACUCCAAAAACUGGACAAGAUGCCAGGAGUGGACACAGCAGCCCCGGCAUGCCCAAGUCUCCCGCCAGCCAAGCACUUUCUGCAGCCGAGGCCAACAAGGUCAAAAAGAUCGCAGUGGUACGAUCCAACCCCAAAUCUCCAGGCUCGCUGAAGAGCCGUUCUCCGGCUCCUCUGGCCGCUGCGGUGCCGAUACCGGACCUGAAGAACGUCAAGUCCAAGAUUGGCUCUACGGACAACAUCAAACACCAGCCUGGCGGAGGAAAGGUACAAAUCCUUGAUCAGAAGUUGGACGUUAGUAAUGUCCAGGCUAAGCUUGGCUCCAAAGACAAUCUCAAACAUGUUCCUGGUGGAGGAAAUGUUCAAAUCCUGGAUAAGAAGCUGGACUUAUCCAGUGUCCAGUCUCGCUGUGGCUCUAAAGACAACUUAAAGCACAAGCCAGGUGGAGGCAAGGUUCAGAUUCUUGAUCAGAAGUUGGACUUAAGCAGUGUGCAGUCUCGCUGUGGAUCCAAAGAUAAUAUAAAACAUGUCCCAGGUGGUGGAAAUGUUCAAAUUGUGCACAAAAAGAUUGAUUUGAGCAACGUUACAUCAAAAUGUGGAUCCAAAUCCAACAUCACUCACAAGCCAGGUGGUGGAAACAUUGAGAUCAAAAACGAAAAGCUGGAGUUCAAAGUUCAGUCCAAAAUUGGCUCUCUGGACAACAUCGGCCAUGUUCCUGGAGGUGGACAGAGAAAGAGGGAGAAGGGGAAGGAGGCAGAGGAGAGCAUCUCAGACAGCCUGUCCAUCCCCUCCCCCGUUGUCACCCCCCCUCAGUCACCUCAGACUGUCCCCCCAGCUCCCAUCUCACCCAUCCUGACGAACCCUCUCAUAAAGAUUGAGGACUCCUAUUGAGAGCCAUAAGCUGAUGUUCCGUGAGAUGGCCAAGGCUCGCACCGACCAUGGUGCUGAGAUCGUCUCCUUGGAUGAGUCCCCCAAUCAGCUCAGCACCGUGUCAUCAUCCGGCAGCAUCAACAUGGCCGACUCUCCACAGCUGUCCACGCUGGCCGACCAAGUGUCCGCCUCUUUGGCCAAACAAGGCUUGUGAACGCUCCGCCUACACCACACCACACCACCAUCUAGAGGGGACGACGCCUUCCUCUUUAAUUUCACUGGACUUUUUUUUAGCUACCCAUCACCGUUUAUCCUUCACUAACCUUAUAAACUUCUCAAGAUGUUAAUAUUAGAGAUUGUAAAAGAAAAAAAAAAGAUUAACCAGUAGGCCAAAUGUGUUGAUUCGCCUCUGAAGUCUCUAAUCUCUCUACUGCAAAUAUUUCAACCUUUUUCAGUGACCUUUCAGAGUUAAAGCACCCCCAACAGAGCAAACCUACCCCUGCAUCUGGCAAACAGAACACUGUUUCCUCUCAGACUGUAAACCUGUAAGAACCAACCUUUGUUGGGUAUGUGUCUGCUAAGUGUUUCAUUAAAUGUGGAGACUGGAGUUGGAGGAAAAUGCAGACGUUAUCAGCUGCAGUUCGAUUUAAACCAGAAGGAAAUGGGGUUUAGGAGGGAAACUGUUCAGAGAAAAGUAGCAAAAUUUCUUAUCAAGGCAAAAAGUCUUCAGACCUCACUGCUGUCUUUGCUUUGUGUCGUCCCGACAUGUGCUGCACAUUCAGGAGUAGAUGGUGGGUACUGAGAGCCAGACAUCGAGUAGCGGAGGACCUCUGAGUUUGUGUGGAAGCUGAUGACUGAUUCAGGUGCUGAUUGGCCCAAAGCAUUCUGCUCAGAUUCGGAUCCCUUACAGACUCCACUGGUCACAAGCAUCCCAAUGCUAAUCGCUAAAGCCCCGCCAAGUUCUUAGUCCAGCCAAAAGGAUCAGUGAGCCUAAAGAAUAACCUGUUUAUGUAAAGCUCAUGUUAAAAAGCACCUUUACAUCAGUUUUCAUGCAUGCUAACUUCAGAAGUGUACUCACUAACUUGGUCUAAAUCACUUGGUCAGUGUAGGGAUGCUAAUGAUGUUUUGAUGCUGGAUAAAUGAAGUUGACCUUGACCUACAAAACUGAUGAAGUCACACUCAAGUAUUAUGAUCCAGUAACAAGGAUUUAUCAGUGUUAGUUUCUGAAUGCUGAUGUAAUCUAUGAAAUAAUACAAGGUUGUUAAUCAUACAUUAAUAAUCAGCUGUUAGUGAACAAAUGCUAGCAACUAGCCUUGUGAUGCUAAUCCAGUGGUUAACCUCUCAGCUUCCCUGAUUCAGAACCUCUCGGUGGUCUUUGUAGGGUUCCUUUAUAGAGAAGAGUUCUGUUGGUGCUGGGCCAGUGUUCUGGUGGUUUCUGUGGAUGGGUGACCUGUAUUUGAUAUCAAGAAACAAUUGUAUCGUGCCUGCGGUGUUUCUUUUUUACGCACGCAGAUAGGAGGGAGAAUUUUGUUCGAAGCUUUUUGGUGUUAUGAUUAAAUGAUCAGUUCAGCUCAUCAGUAUUAAACAGCACCGAAACAGGCAGAUUAAGGAGAAGGCCUUCACACAAAAUGUUUUAGCCGGUUUGGAUGGCCCUUUGGGGCCCAGGCAAGAUGAUGGGUGGAGUUUAUGUUGUGGCGUGGGUCGUGAACGCAGCAGCAAACCUACAGCAGUGACCUCAACAACAAAUAAAAAAAAAAACAAAAAAACAGAUUGCUGCAGUUUCCUGCCAGAGAUGUGAACAUCGUCUAGAUUCGGAGUUGGUUAAAACUGGUCCCUAGAAUCUGCAGCUGGUUAGCUAGGCUGGAAGCCUCACAGAUGGUCCUCUUAACAUCAGACCAGCUAGCUUCUCCAGUGGUCAGAUUAAAGAGAAGGCGCCCCAGUCCUUAUCCUCAGCUCAGUGUUGCCAGAUCCAAAAUCCCACAAUAUCGUACAGAGGCCUAAAUUAUCGUUUUUCAGUACAAAUUUUCGUACAUUAUAAAUUUGAUAACGUUCUAUAAACGACUUCUCACUCCAAUAUAUAUUGGAGUGAGGAAUUGGCCACAUUAUAUAACCUUACAGUUUCUCGCGAGAGUAGGCCCUAUCGAUGUGAUUGGGCUAUUUAUUGUACAGACCCAGGGUCAGUUUUUGUAAUAGACACAAUAGCAUAAACCUGUAAGCACUGAGGUGAAAUCUGACUUCAGAACAGUUUAACAUUAUGUAAUUGACUUGGGAAAGCCACAGCAAAAGACAGUGUUACUAGAUGCAAUGUGAAAUUAUCGUACAUUUGAGGAUUUUUGAAACUAUUGAUCGUACAUCGUACAGAGCCCAAAAUUAUGGUACAAAUACGAUAAUUAUCGUACAUCUGGCAACACUGCCUCAGCUGGUCAGCCUCCUGGUGGUUCAUGCUCACACUGACAACAGCUCCUUGUAUAAUUCAUGCAAGAGUCGAUCUGCCUGCUGCCCCCACCUCACCAAGUGAUCUCCUUUGUAGUUUCUGCUCUGGAUUCGGUGCUGAUGUUGAGGAUCUGUUUUCUGCAUGCUGACCCGUUUAGUUGCAGUGUCUGACCUGAGGGAUGAUGGGAGCAGAUCCCUGGCGAGCUGCGAGGGGCUGAACUAAACUCACCUUUUUGUUACUUCUGAACUUGUACAGAUGUGGAAACGUGACCGUUCUUUAUUGUGCAUUUUAUCAAUAACUGGUUUAUGAUGAUUCUUGUUGCUGUAUAUGUGUAUUUGAAAUAAAUGCUUCAAAGUCA